UAAUAGCCUACAUUUGUUCUGUUUUCGGCGCUGCAGAAGAUUUGGUAGCGUUAAUCUUAUGAAUUACACACAAAGCAGAAGGCGUCUCUUUACAUUUAGUUGUAUUAUCUGUGUUGAGAGGACGAUGCCUUUGAGGACCGGACUUUUUCUCCUGAUGGUGCUGAACGCAUCUGCAUACGAACUGGAUCAAAACGAGUCUUAUUCGCCCAGGAGAGCACGCUUUUCUGUCAAUAGCCCUUCAGAUGUGGCACGCUGUCUCAACAGUGCCCUCCAAGUUGGCUGCGGAGCCUUCGCCUGCCUGGAAAACUCAACUUGUGACACAGAUGGCAUGCAUGACAUCUGCAAGUCCUUCCUAUACAGUGCUGCUAAAUUUGACACUCAGGGUAAAGCAUUUGUGAAGGAGAGCCUUAAGUGCAUUGCCAAUGGCAUCACCUCGAAGGCAUUCUCCACCAUUCGCCGCUGCUCCACCUUCCAAAGAAUGAUAUCUGACGUCCAAGAGGAGUGUUACAGCAAGCUGAAUAUCUGCACUGUUGCCCGAUCGAACCCAGAUGCUAUUGGUGAAGUGGCACAGCUACCAAGUCACUUCCCCAACAGGUUUUAUGGUAAGCUGCUACAGAGUCUGAUGGACUGUGAUGAGGACACGGUGGACCGCGUUCGGACCAGCAUGGUGUCGCGGCUGGGCCCAGAGAUGACCAUGCUUAUUCAGCUGCUGCAGAACAAGCCCUGCCCAUCCACUGCUGUGGCUGCAGCUGCCGCCAUCCCAACUGGAGUGGAGGGCCGUGGGAGCUGGCGCUGGUCCAUGGGUCCCCAUAUGUACAAGAUCCAGCCUAAUCUGCGAAACAGAGACUCUGCCAGUCAUUUUGGCAAAAAGCGCUCUGCCAGUGACAGCUCCUAACUUCCACUCAGAUUCAGAAACUCCACACACACUCCUUAAAACAUCACGAAAGCUCCUCUAUUCCCUAGGGGUGAUAAAAUACAUUCCUCCGCUAGACUGGAAGUUACAGAAAUAUGCACCUCUAGGGAAUGCUGGAACGCCCAUAGAGUUGAUAUCAGAGUUUGAUUGUUGUUAUAUUGUAUAUCCUACACUUUAGGCUUGAGAGAUCUCCCCCUUCCAUCGACUGUUUUCAAACGUGUCUGCUCACAGUUAGUGUUGAACAUGUGGCUGUUGCAUCUGCGCAACAUGGUCCUGCACACUCCUCUUCACCUCCUCCAAAGCAAAUGAAUCCUUAAGAUGUCUUUUAAUGCCAAGCAAAAAACACAAAAACAAAAACAAAAAAACUAAAUAAACAGCCAUAGUGUUUCACGCCUCUAGAGCACAAGUCCGUACACAAAUCUCAUAAUCCAGACAUUUGUUCAUAAAUAGAGAUCAGUACCUGGAUUAUUAUUAGUUCAUUGAUAGAAAUGAGAAAUGAUUGGUAGAUGUAUUUAAUAUUUUAGUGACAAGGCCAGUCAAAGUUUGAGCAUGUGAUGUGGAAAUGAGUUUCAUAUCUAUUUUCUGACACUAACAUAACAGAUAAAAUGUACUGUAUACCAAGUUAUCUAAGACAGCCAUAGCUAGCCCUCUAAAGAGUGCUCAUACAGAGCGAGGUCUGUAGAGGUUUCGUGAUAACCUUUGAGAGGUUACCUUAAACUGACCAAAUAUCUACAAACUGCCCUGAAUGCUAUUCAUGAAAUACCAAAAGAGUGUAUAGCUAUAGCACUUAUAAUAGUUUUUUUGUGCGUGUGUUUUUUUUUCUGAUGGCAGAUGUCGCCAUGGUCAUGUGUUUCAAAUCAUCAUCCUGCACAUAAGGAUUGUCCACAUCAUGGCCAAGUCUAACUAUUAGAAAAAGUCAAUUUUGCAUAUCUUGUAUCCAGACACUUGUAAUGCAUAUGACUGUUGAGCUCUACAGCAUACGUGGGACCAUGUUUAGUGGAAUCUGUAUCCAUGUUCUUAACUGAGCAUGAAGCAGUAGUGUAUGUGCAGUAGCUAAUUAGCACGUUCACCAAUGAGACUGAGAGCAGCCAUCUUCUUGGACUGAUGAUCAUCAUUCUCUGAGGUGAAUAACGUG